AACAUGUCUCAAAUGAUCUUACACAUGUUCUUUUGCAUAUUGUUAUUACUUCUCAUAAACGUUUCUUACUCUUUUUCUUUUUCUUUCUAAAAAGUCUAUGAAAUGGAUCGCAAAUGUUAUAGCUGUAUCCAUACUGAAUUGAGUAAAUGAAUAUUUAUGAACAUGUAUGAUACAAUAAAGUCUAAAAACUAUAUAUAUAAAACAAAAAUUACGAAAGAAACAAAGUGAACCAAAGAAUCUUUUAUAAGUUUUCAAAGGUUUUCAAAUUAUUUAGUUGUGCCCUGUGAAUGAAGCAAAACAUAGAUUCUUUGUAAGAAAAACAGCAACCCAGCUUUACAACCUGCAAGAACAAGUAUUUAAUUCCUUAACGAAUCCCGAAAACCCAAACAGCCUUAAACAAGAAAAGCACCAUCUAAUCAAAACCUAUAUAUAAAUCUAAGCUCUUAAUUCGUUCCACAAUUAAGAUCUUAACUUCAAAUAUCUUCCUCAAAAAAAUUUACAUAGUUCUGGAUUUGUCUUGUCUACGGCGACACGAAGAAAAUGGCGGAACAGCGAAUGCAACCAGUGGCUUCUUUGCUUCUACUCCUGAAUUUCUGCAUGUACGCCAUUGUUCUCGGAAUUGGAGCAUGGUCCAUGAACAAAGCUAUCAGCCAUGGCUUCCAUAUUGGUGCGGAUUACAGCCUUCCCGCUCAUUUCUCGCCAAUAUAUUUUCCGAUGGGUAAUGCGGCCACCGGAUUCUUUGUGAUGUUUGCCUUAAUUGCCGGAGUUGCUGGAGCUGCCUCUGUUAUCACCGGUGUCAGUCAUAUCCAGUCAUCCACUACAGCGAGUCUUCCGGCAGCUGUCUCUGCCGCCACCAUUGCUUGGUCGCUCACAGUUUUAGCCAUGGGAUUUGGCUGCAAGGAAAUUGAACUUGGAAUGAGAAAUGCCCGUCUGAGGACAAUGGAGGCAUUUCUAAUCAUUCUUUCGGCAACACAACUUAUCUAUAUUGCUGCUAUAUAUGUAACUCGAAAAUAAAUCGAGAGAAAAACUGAUUUAUUUUCUUCUUAUUUAUUUGUUUUGUAAUUUAUAUUUUCUUAUCUAAUUUGCUUAAUUCCAGAUGUGUAUUUGUGUGGUUUGUAUUAUUUAUUGAAUUUACAGUAAAAUAUAUACUAUAAUUUUCAACAUUAAUAAAAAGAAAUUUGAAUUC